AUGAAGUAUCCUCGUCUUAUAUCAAUUACACAUAUUAAAGAAUUACAAGAACUAAAACGAACUAAAGAUUUCUUAUAUUUUGGAGCUGGUGUUACAUUUACACGUUUGAAAUCGAAAUUAAUUCAAUGGAAUAAUGAUAAUAGUAUUUGUCAAGCUUUACUCGAUCAAAUGAAACAUUUUGCAUCAACACAAAUACGAAAUGUUGCUUCACUUGGUGGAAAUAUAAUUUCUGCAUCACCUAUUUCAGAUAUCAAUCCUGUAUUAGAAGCUGCGGGUGCUAUACUUGAAUUACAUCGUGCUGAUGAUAAUAAAGUACGAAAAAUUCCAUUAUGUGAUUUUUUUCUUGGUAAUCAUCGUGUUUCAAUGGCAGACAAUGAAAUUCUUGUUGCUAUUCAUAUUCCUCUUGAACGCUCAUCAAAUAAAUGUUUUCUUCGUUCAUAUAAACAAUCUCGUCGUCGAGAUGAUUCAAAAGGAAUUGUUAGUGCUGCAUUUAAAAUUGAACUUGAAAAAAUAAAUUCAUUUGAUAAUCAAUGGAAAAUUAUUUCAGCUUGUUUUUCAUUUGGUGGAAUGGCAUCAAAAACUAUUUUAGCAAUAAAUACACAACAACAAUUAAUUGGAUUAUCAUGGACAAAACAAACAAUUAAUAUAGCAUAUGAUUUACUUCUUAAAGAAAUGCCACUUGAUGAAUUAAGUCCAGGUGGACAAUAUCAAUAUAGACGAACAUUAAUUCAAUCAUUUCUUUUUAAAUUUUAUUCCUAUGUAUGUAAAGAAUUACGUCAACCAUCAAUUGAUUUAAUUGAUAAUUAUUAUCAUCGAGAAAUAUCUCAUGGUCAACAAACAAUACCUGAAAAACCUCAAACACAAAAAAUUAUUGGUAGUUCAUUAUCACAUCGAUCUGCUUAUUUACAUACCACGGGAGAAGCUAUUUAUAUAGAUGAUAUGCCAUCUUAUAUUAAUACACUUCAUGCUGCACUUGUACUUAGUACAAAAGCUAAUGCACGAAUAAAACAUAUUGAUAUUGAAGAUGCUUCAAAAGUUGUAGGUUUUGUGUCGUUUGUUAGUUAUAUUGAUGUACCAGGUUCAAAUAAAUUAAAUGAUGAAUUAUUCGAUGAAGAAUUAUUUGUAUCAUCAAUUGCACUUUGUAUUGGUGCUAUAAUUGGUGUUGUUGUUUGUGAAUCUGAACAUGCAGCUAAAAUAGCUGCAAAUCUUAUUAAAAUUGAUUAUGAUUUAUUAUCACCAAGAAUUUUUUCAAUUGAC